CCUUGAUUAUGUUCGUAAAACUACAAACUUGUAUAAAAAUACGCAUUCUAGUUAUAAGUGUUAAAACAUUCGAUCUAGUCCUUAUCACAUUCAUGAAAACCUCCAUUUAACCAUUCGUUGUAUCAACGAACAUUCAUAUGCAAAACUUACCACCUACCACAUCCUCCGCGUAUUAAUAUAAUCCCCUUUUAUAAAUUAUACACUUUAGAGUGGACUGGUUGGGUCAGAGUGAUAUAAGCUUACAAGUUCUCGAGGAGUUCUACCGAAGUUACAUUUACGUUUGCAUAAUUUCACCGAAAAAGAUACUCUGUAGAAUGACAGGUUCGUUUGUUUAUGUGAUCCGCGAUCGCAACUAUUUCAAGGGGAUUUUAUAAAUAACCAUACACACGAUAUUCAGUGUAUUUUCGUAUUCUCGUUUAUUUUUGGGAGAUUUGUAAAACUGUUGAACAAAAUAAUUGAGUAACGAUUAUAUUUGCUGAGAAAAAGUCUUUUUCUCUGUACCCCUCCUUCUACUUCAAGCAUGUAGUAUUGACAAUAAGAUUGACAAUGGCUGAAAGUAAUCCAAAAGAGUUUUCACCAUGGUUAUCGGAGAAGACGAAUGCCGUGAAGGCGUUAGCGCGCGAACAGUGCGAAGCGGCGGUACAGCUGCAGCGUCAGCAGCAGCUGCAACAGCACCAGAACCAGCACCAGCUACAACAGCAACAACAACUACGUGGCCCGUUAACCAUCCACCAUGCUGGCUGCCCAACGAAAGUCGGGCCCGUGACGAACCAACUAAAUACCAGCCACGCAACGCACGGCCGAGCUGCACAGUACCAACACUAUCAUCACCAUCAUCAUCAUCGACACGUGUCAAUGUCUCCACCGCUCUUGUUGCUCUCAUCGCCAGCUCCGAUCGCGGCGACGCACAAUCAUCUGAACGUGAGCGGACACAGAAACGUGGUUACGCCACCGGAUACACCAGCAGAUAGAUCGCCACCGAGUCCUGGAAAUAAGCUAAAUAGAUCGCAGCAUUUGCCACGGGAAGCAACCGGCCUGGUCCUGGUCUUCCGGCUGCCACAUUGGAUCUAA